GAGACUGCCAGAGAACAUAAAAGCGGAAAAAAAAUUUCUUAAAAUCAUUCAAUUGUUCUUCUUGGUUAAAUAACUGUUGUCAAUCUAAAUUUGAACAUGUCUGGACGUGGAAAGGGAGGCAAAAUUAAGGCGAAGUCAAAGACUCGUUCCGCCAGAGCAGGACUUCAGUUCCCUGUUGGACGUAUCCAUCGUCUUCUUCGCAAGGGCAACUAUGCCGAACGUGUUGGUGCUGGAGCUCCAGUUUACCUGGCUGCUGUGAUGGAGUAUUUGGCAGCUGAAGUUUUAGAGUUGGCUGGCAAUGCUGCCCGUGAUAAUAAGAAGACCAGGAUCAUCCCGCGUCAUCUUCAACUUGCCAUCCGUAACGACGAGGAGUUGAAUAAACUGCUCUCUGGUGUAACUAUUGCUCAAGGUGGUGUCCUUCCUAACAUUCAGGCUGUACUUUUGCCCAAGAAAACUGAGAAGACCGGUAGUACUUCUAAAGCUAGUCAAGAAUAUUAGAUCUUAAU